AUGUCCCCGACAUCAAGGAUACCACGGCAGUGGGCUCUGCCAUCCGGUCUUCGUUUGCCGGCCACACCACUCUCGUUUGAACGGCCGUGUUCCUGUUUUGGCGUAAUUAUUCCGAUUGAGAAAAACGGGCAAGUACAGUCUCCGGGAGAGGAGGAGAUUACAGUUUCACCUCCUGGUUACAAUACACAUUGCGACGCAUCCUAUCGCCAAAAACUUCCAAGAACGCCGGAAUAUUUCCCACUCUCCUGCAGAUGCAAUAUACAGUUCCCGACUGCGGUUACUUAUUCAAGAAAUUUUCGCCCAUUUAGCCGUCAAUCACCUAAUCGUAGCUUCGUGCCAAAGAUCCCGUCCAGCGAAAUAUAUCACAAUAAACCGUUAUCAAAUUCACGGAAUCUACUUCAAGCUGUGGCUUUCAACCGUCGGCAAAGCGCGAUCCAACAACUGCUGCAGGCCGGCGAAGAACACGGUCGGGUCAGAUCCGGGUACCAUCCUGGCCGCCUUGAACUGCCUCAUAGCCUCCUGGCGGUCGACCGGCGUGUCAAAAUCCGCUGCAAGGACUUCCUGCGGGGCGGCCCAGUCCAUCUUCCGAGGGCCUCUUCUGGCCGCACCCACCCUUCACCCGGCCCCCCAGGAGGGUCUUCAGCGCUGCCAACUUACCCCGGUCGGUCUGUAGCCCGGCAGCCUCCGCCAUCUCCUCAAAGUCCUCCAGAAAGGUCCGAACAUCCCCGUCCUCAAAGGGUUGCGGCCACGGGAUCUUCAUCCCUAUCCCGGUCACGGCACUAA